AUGAAGCGCAAGGACCGCACAGUGUCCAAACGUCGCUCCAAGCCGACCCUGAGAGUUGCGACCGGCCAGAACGGCUAUGUGAGAGACGGGAUGAAUUCCAAUAUUGAAAUGCGCAAGAGGGAGACCUCUAUUGAAUCGACGUCGUCCGCACGAGCCUCCCGUAUUAUGUCCCGCCCCAGCUUCUCCUUAGACCACGACCCCCCGGUCACCCCGCAAACACCGGGACUAACCACGACGAGUUUCUCGAACCUCCCACCAAGCGAUAAGAGAAACUUCUUGCUAUUAUGCGUCUUAUAUUUCCUUCAGGGAGUGCCCAUGGGAUUAGCCACAGGAUCGGUCCCAUUCCUCCUCAAACCCUACCUGUCCUAUGGCCAGAUCGGUGUCUUUUCCCUCGCUUCGUACCCUUACUCGCUCAAACUUCUAUGGAGCCCCAUUGUGGAUGCGGUCUGGAGUCGGAGGUUUGGUCGCCGCAAGAGCUGGAUCACUCCGGUCCAGGUGAUUGCCGGAUUGGCCAUGAUCUAUAUGGGCGGGAAAAUUGGUGAUAUGAUGGUGCAGGCGGGCGCUAACGGGGGCGCUGGGGUCUGGAACUUUACAUACUGGUGGUUCUUGCUGGUGUUUUUCUGCGCCACGCAGGACAUUGCGGUGGACGGAUGGGCCAUUACGCUCAUGUCCCCACCAAACAUCUCCUAUGCCUCGACCGCCCAGACGGUCGGCUUGACAGCGGGCCAUUUCUUGUCGUACACGGUGUUCCUGGCAUUCAACUCGCAGGAUUUCGCCAAUCGCUGGUUCCGGGCCACCCCCGGAGACGGGGGGCUACUUUCCUUGGGGACGUACCUGACGUUCUGGGGCUGGGCGUACCUGGUAGUGACGACUUGUCUGGCGGUCAUGAAGAAGGAAGACAAAACCCAUGAGCGGGACAGUAUCUCGGAUGUGUAUAAGAGCAUGUGGAGCGUGCUCAAACUCAAGAACGUUCAGACCAUCAUUCUGGUGCACCUGAUUGCCAAGAUCGGAUUCCAGGCCAACGACGGCGUAACCAGUUUGAAGUUGUUGGACAAGGGCUUUGGACAAGACAACAUGGCCUUGGUCGUGCUGAUUGACUUCCCGUUCGAGAUUGGCCUGGGCUACUACGCUGGCAAAUGGUCGACCGAGUAUACUCCCAUGCGUCUAUGGUGCUGGGCGUUCAUCGGACGACUGGCGGCGGCGGUUCUGGCGCAGUUCACCGUUAUGAUUUAUCCGUCGGGAUCGGAAGUGCCGUUUUGGUAUAUGCUGACGGUGAUUGGGGAGCAUGUGUUGUCCACUUUUAUGAACACGGUCAUGUUUGUGGCUGUAUCCGCGUUCCAUGCACGCAUCUCCGAUCCCGCGAUUGGAGGGACGUACAUGACGCUACUGGCUACUGUCUCCAACCUGGGCGGCACAUUCCCCCGCUACUUCAUCCUGAAGCUUGUGGACAUGUUCACUGAAGCGACAUGUACCCCUCCCAGUGUUCCUCCUGCGGCGGACCAGUUGAAGGGUGAACUGGUUACAGCGCCUUUCUCUUGUGCUCUGGAACCCGACAAGAACCGUUGCACAAAUGGCGGCGGUUCCUGUCACACCCUCCGGGAUGGAUAUUACACGACGAACAUUAUCUGCGUGUUGAUUGGCACUGUCACCUUUUUCAUGUUUAUCCGACCGGCCGUGCUGAAGCUGCAGGGACUUCCCCUGCGGGCGUGGCGGUUAUCCCCGAACGGCAGGCAGUAA